CCUCCUCCACGGCUCCACACUCCGCUGGGCGCUGGGGCGAUUUCCUUCUUUAUUUAUUGGCUACUAGAGCGCCACUGCCACUACUGCUAGUGCCAGUUGCUCGUUGCUUCAGUAUUCUAAACGCCGGCGGCCACCGCGGUCGUGGCUGCGGUCUUUGGAGUAGCUAAAGUAGGUUGAGCUGAUCCGGGGCUCUUUGUCGGCAUAGCCAGGUUCGUUCUGGUGGAGUGGAAUGCUGCAGAUUUGAGUUGCUUAGGGUUGGGGUUGGAGGAUUUCAGUGUCAAUCUUUUUUAGCUGUAAUUUUGGUCCCUCUCCCUUUGCCUUCCUUUAUUGCCGCCGACGACGAUUGGGCUACCGGCGACGCCCCUUUCCUAGUCCGUUCACCGGCGACGACCACUAUGCUGUGCUGAAUGGUGCUUGGAGUGUGGUAAACUGGUAACCCUGGGAAAAGAUGAAAGAGGAAAUCAUGUUUGACAACCAAACAAAGCCAUGCAGAUCAAGGGUUGACUCCAAAAGCAAUUCGAGUUCUCUGAAACCUAAGUUUGGAUCCUCAUGGGGUUCCCAAAUUGUCAAAGGUUUUACAGCAGACAAGAAAACCAAGAAGACAGCAGCAAUUGCAAGCAAAAAACCACCUCUUGCAAAUGUCGAAAAUGUCAAUCAGACCAACCAACAGAUUCCGUACCACUCUAGGGUGAAAAGAUCCCUUAUCGGGGACUUCCCUUGUUCACCUGCUGGUGCUCAAGUCCACCCCCAUGUCUUUGAUUGCCACAAUAUUAGGUCCCCAGCAUCCCAUGAUCUUUUUCUUGAGUUGGAUCAUCUCAGGGAGCAACUACGUGAGUCGAAAGAAAGGGAAUUAGCAUUACAGUCAGAGUUGCGGCAAUGCAGAGAAAACCCAAAAGUUUCAGAACUUGAGAAGGAGCUUGAUUCUAUGAGGGAUGAAGUUGACAGGCUUGCACGACUGAAGACUUCAUUAGAAGCUGAGAAAACAAACAUAUCUGAACAAUUAUCAGCUCUAUCUUCUAUGGUAGAACAUCAUGAAGAAAAUGUAAGGUUAGAUGGCCAUGGCAACCGGAUACCUAGUGUAAAUGGGGACAAUACACCUUCAGAAAACUUGGAGUUCGAAGUUGUUGAACUACGCCGGUUAAACAAAGAACUACAGUUUCAGAAACGAAAUCUUGCAAUUAAGCUCUCUUCAGCUGAAUCCAAAUUGGCUGGCCUUGAGAAGAAUGCAGAGAGUGAUAUAGUUGCCAAGGUUCAAGCUGAGGCAUCGUUGCUGAGGCACACAAAUGCAAACCUAAGCAAGCAAGUUGAGGGAUUGCAAAUGAGUCGGCUAACAGAGGUUGAGGAGCUUGCUUAUCUUCGGUGGAUCAAUUCAUGUCUACGCCAUGAGCUCUGUAACUCAGAUCAAGCAGCUAGAGCAAUGACGGAUAUAGAUUGCAAUGGUGUCAUGGCUUUUAAUGAGGGUGAUGGUGGUGAAGGUGAUGCAAAAAAUGCUGAGGACAGUUCUGAUAUAAAAUUCAGCAUUGCAGAACGCAUCAAGCAGUGGUCCCAGAAUGAUAAGAGUUGCCAAGCAUCUAAAAAGGAAGCCCUUCUUGAUAGGGCGUGGAUUGAAGCUGCAGAAGCACGAAGCCCGACACGUAGGCAUUCACUUGGUGGACCAAAGGGAUGUGCACAAGACUUCAACAUCAUUAAAAGAAGGCAAUCUGAUACCUUUAUCAGCCUUCUGGAUGCAACAGAUGAGUCAUUUGCCUGUAAUAAGGAUCCUACAAUCAGGGAGAAGCGUGACCUUCUUGUGGACAAGUAUGAUUUUGGUCGAUCUGAAAGUUCAAGAUUUGUUCUCAGCAAGCCAGAAGUAUGCAAGUCACAGUGUCUGGAUGUUGAAAAGCGUGCAUUGCGCAUCCCUAAUCCUCCACCAAGACCUUCUGUUUCCGUGUCAAAUUCUGGUCCAUCAAAUGGAUCGACUGUAAAUCCACCACGACCACCGCCGCCACCGCCUCCUCCAAAGUUUUCCUCAAAAAGUACUGGGGUCAUGAAGAGGGCACCUCAGGUCGCAGAGCUCUACCAUUCACUUAUGAGAAGGGACACCAAAAAGGAUACUUCCAGUGGUGGAAUCUGUGAAGCAGCUAACUCUGCGAAUGUGCGGAGUAGCAUGAUUGGUGAAAUCGAGAACCGCUCGUCCCAUUUGCAAGCUAUCAAGGCAGAUGUUGAAACUCAGGGUGAAUUUGUGAAAUCAUUGAUUAAGGAGGUGACUAGUGCAGCCUACAAAGAUAUCGAAGAUGUGGUUGCAUUUGUGAAGUGGCUAGAUGAUGAACUUGGCUUCCUAGUGGAUGAGAGAGCAGUGUUGAAGCAUUUUGAUUGGCCUGAGAAGAAGGCAGACACUCUACGAGAGGCAGCUUUUGGCUACCAGGACCUGAAGAAGUUGGAAUCGGAAGUUUCAAACUAUAAAGAUGAUCCACGUCUACCCUGUGAAAUCGCGCUGAAGAAAAUGGUUACACUAUCUGAAAAGACUGAGAGAGGUGUCUACAAUCUUCUAAGGACAAGAGAGGCUAUGAUGAGGCAGUGCAAGGAGUUUAAUAUUCCAACCGACUGGAUGCUUGAUAACAAUCUUAUUAGCAAGAUAAAGUUUGCAUCUGUGAAAUUAGCGAAGAUGUACAUGAAAAGGGUUGCAAUGGAGCUUCAAUACAUGGGCCCUCUGAAUAAGGAUCCAGCUCUGGAGUACAUGCUGCUUCAGGCUGUGAGAUUUGCCUUCAGGAUGCAUCAGUUUGCUGGAGGUUUCGACCCGGAGACCAUGGAUGCAUUUGAAGAGCUGAGGAACCUUGUUCACGUCAGAAAUAGCACCCAAUAGCUCGGAUGCGGCACCGGAAUGUAGUGUUGAAGAAGAGGAUUAGUUUCAGGCUUACCAUCUCAGUAAGCGUAACAGACACAGUUUUUGGUUGUGUGAUGUUUGCAUGCGUGGUGUGUGAGAUAUGUAAUGCUCUCUAACGCGUGUGGUGGGCUGAAGGGACCCGUCGGCGCUGGCUUGUGUAGGGUUUUUCAGUAACCUGCUGUUGCUGUGAAAUAGAAAAUGC